GGAUAAAUAUUUUUAAAUUACUAACAGUUUAAUUUAGUAAUAAGUAAUAACUCAAGCCAAAAUAAUGUGUCUUGGAAAAAGCACUUUGGAAAUAAUGAUAAAAAGUAAAUAUUCUUAAUUUGUACUCCAGGCCAGAUGGUAUUUAUAUAACAGAAGGUGAUACCAAAAUGUGGAGGCAGUGGAGCAUGUGAUAUACAAAACUGAAACCAGAGUAGUGUAGUUUUAAAUUCAGAGCCAGCCACAAAUGAUCCAUCUUGGUUCACAUCAAUUUGUUCUUCGUUUGAUGUGAGUUUAAAGCACUGAGUCUUUUUUCAUCUCUGGGCCCACGUAUUUGCUUGUUCCUUGUUUAUGUCGUGGUCUGUGUAAGGCAUUGCAAAUAGCAGGUGCUUUAAUCGGUGUAAGGCAGCUGUAGUAAAAGCAGUGAUUGUCCCCUCAUCUUCCCAUCAGUAGUAUUUCAGCUGAUAAUGGAUAGAGGCAGAACAGAGUGGUGGUUGAUGAGGGGUUAACCGUUACUCGGUGGUAGUGGGUGGUUGUAGCUGAGGAUGGGGAGAGAGAAGCCCUGCUGCAAUCACAUCACUUUCCACAAAGGAAAACGGUCACCGCUGCACAGGGCGCUGCGAGAGUGAGCUCACACCGCCAGGACUGAGGUUCGGUUUACCGGAGGACGGAAACGGAAUGUGACCCGGCUGGUGUCAGCGCAAGUCUCCACCACAACGCAUACAGUCGCUGCUUCAGAAUCAUCUCGGUUUUUCUGAUUUUUCACACACACAGAGGCGCCAACGGUGUGUGUUUUUGUACCUAAUCUGCAUUUGUAGUUUCGGUCAUAACAUGUUUUCAGUGAGCCUUCUUCACGCUUACGGACGGUGAUGUAGUCAACUCCAGCCGUUUAACCGUGACCGUUAAUAAAAGAAAAUGACAGUCGUUUGUUGUCAGCGAUGCUGUGAUACCAAGUGUUUAAAGAAAAUUGUUCAGUUUUAAACCGAGAGUCGAGAAUGAUGUCAAAUGUGCGGUUAAAUCUCGGGUGCGACCGUCAGGGCUACCGGGAGGAUUUGGUCUCCAUGUCUCAGCUGGGCUCCGCUUAUUCAGCGGUUUCCACACAUCGGCGGCUCUGCUACUGACAGCAUAGCAGGUCGAAGAGGACAGGAGCGAGGCUUUGAUUCCUUCGGCAUACUUAAAAAAAAUGUUUAAUUUUAGAUAUUAAUAUUUCCUCUUAAGCACACAGACAUAGUGUCGAGUGCAAGCAUUUUACACUGAGGAAAUUGGCCUUUAAUGGUCGCAUUUCGUCAGUAGGCAACGUUAGCACUUCAUAUCGGAGACUGGUUAAUCUCUGGCACCUGUGAAAACCAGGACACGCCAUGGAAGAUUCUGGAAUCAUCCGAAAGAGACAGCAAAAAGAUCUUCCGUUGCCUCGAAAAAGUAGCAGUUGCAGAACCAGUAACCGAAAAAGCCUAAUCCUGACGAGCACUUCUCCCACUCUGCCACGGCCACACUCACCACUACCUGGACACAUAGGGAGCAGCCCUUUGGACAGCCCACGCAACUUCUCCCAAAGUGGAUCUGCCCACUUUUCCUUUGCAUCUUCUAGAAGGCCUGAUGGUCGCAGAUGGUCCUUGGCUUCGUUGCCCUCAUCAGGAUAUGGCACCAACACACCAAGCUCAACUUCAUCAAGCUCAUCCCAGGAGCGUCUGCACCAGCUUCCUUUUCAACCAACCAUGGAUGAGUUGCACUUCUUGUCAAAACACUUUGGCAGUACAGAGAGCAUGACAGAUGAUGACGGGGGCCGUCGCUCGCCGCAUGUCAGACCGCGCUCUCGAAGUCUCAGUCCGGGGCGCUCUCCAUCCUGCUACGACAAUGAGAUAAUGAUGAUGAACCAUGUCUACAAGGAGCGCUUUCCCAAGGCCACAGCUCAGAUGGAGGAGAGGCUGGCAGAGUUUAUCCACAGUUACUCACCGGAGAGUGUUCUACCAUUGGCUGAUGGAGUACUCAGCUUUAUCCACCACCAAAUCGCUGAGCUGUCCAGAGACUGCCUGACCAAAUCACAUGAGGGCCUCAUUACUAGCGUGUACUUCUGUGAACUGCAGGAGAACCUGGAGAAGCUGCUGCACGAUGCCUACGAUCGCUCGGAGAGUUCAGAGGUCACUUUCGUCAUCGAGCUGGUUAAAAAGCUUCUCAUCAUCAUAUCCCGUCCUGCCAGACUUCUUGAAUGUUUGGAGUUCAACCCAGAGGAGUUUUACCAUUUGCUGGAGGCAGCGGAGGAUCACGCCAAGGAGGGACAGCUGAUGAAAGAGGACAUCCCUCGGUACAUCAUCAACCAACUGGGGCUGACUAGAGAUCCUCUGGAGGAGAUCGUGAGUCUUGACAGCUAUGACAGUGAGGGUCCACACACCCCGGAGACUGAUGACUCAGUUGAGGGGAAGGGCAGAGCCAGUAAGACACCAAGUGAAGAUGAUUUUCAAAACGUUAAAUUGAUCAGCAAUGGAGCUUAUGGUGCUGUCUACCUGGUGCGGCACAGGGAGACGCGCCAACGUUUUGCCUUGAAAAAAAUCAACAAGCAGAAUCUGUUACUGAGGAACCAGAUACAGCAGGCAUUUGUGGAACGAGACAUCCUCACGUUUGCCGAAAACCCCUUCGUUGUGUCUAUGUUUUGUUCUUUUGAAACGCGACGGCACCUCUGCAUGGUCAUGGAAUAUGUUGAGGGGGGUGACUGUGCCACUUUGUUGAAGAAUAUCGGCGCCCUGCCCGUGGAGCUGGCUAAGAUGUACUUUGCUGAGACUGUAUUGGCUCUUGAAUAUUUGCACAACUAUGGUAUUGUCCAUAGAGAUCUCAAACCUGACAAUCUCCUGAUCACCUCGAUGGGUCACAUCAAGCUCACAGAUUUUGGCUUAUCAAAGAUGGGUCUAAUGAGCCUUACUACAAACCUUUAUGAGGGACACAUUGAAAAGGAUGCCAGGGAGUUCCUGGACAAGCAGGUAUGUGGUACACCAGAAUACAUCGCUCCAGAGGUCAUUUUGCGUCAGGGAUAUGGCAGACCAGUGGAUUGGUGGGCCAUGGGUAUCAUUUUGUACGAGUUCCUGCUAGGAUGUGUACCUUUCUUUGGAGAUACACCUGAGGAGCUCUUUGGACAGGUCAUAACGGACUUCAUUGUUUGGCCAGACGGGGACGACGCCUUGCCAGCAGAUGCCCAGGCUUUAAUAUCUGCUUUGCUGCGGACAAACCCUCUUGUGAGAUUGGGCACAGGUGGAGCAUUUGAAGUCAAACAGCACUCAUUCUUCACCGACCUGGACUGGAACAGUUUGCUGAGACAGAAGGCAGAGUUCAUCCCUCACCUAGAGUCAGAGGAGGAUACUAGCUACUUUGAUACUCGUUCUGAUCGUUAUCACCACAUCAAUACAUACGACGAGGAUGACACCAAUGACGACGAGCCGGUGGAGAUCAGACAGUUUUCCUCCUGUUCUCCGCGCUUUAGCAAGGUUUACAGCAGCAUGGAGCAUUUAUCACAGCUGGAGCAGAAAGCUACAACAUUUGGGUCCCGUCGUGAGACCAUGGGCCAACAGGAUGACAAAGUGAAUAAGAGGGAGAGCCUUGGCAGCUUCACCAUGAGGGAUAAGAGCUGGAGGACUGGAUCCCCUGAGAUGAAGCGCUUGUCUUAUUCGGAGUCCCUUUACAUGGAGGGAGACGCGAGCCCUCCUCUUGGUGUCCGUCGGCGCUUCUCUGCUUUAAUGGAUACACAUCGUUUUGUCUCAACCCUAGAGGGUGAGCAAGACUUCCUGUCCCGUCAGGCCCCAAUCAAGGUCCGUGGAACCUCUCUGGAUGGAACUGGCAUUCCUUUGCCAAGCGUGCUGGAACAAAGAACCAGUCUCAAAGACAUCAACGGAGCGUACAAGCCUAGAUCUGGGGAGACAAAACCUGAAAUAACACCAGCUGUUAACGCAGAAACUACUACAUUUCACACAAGACAUGCAGCAACCGGCCGUGAUGAGAUGACCCCUCUUCAUGACCCUGUGGUUCCCCGGGCCACCAACGAUCUGGUUCGCCGCAGGGCACGGCAGCAACAUUUGUCUGGUGAUGGAGACAAACACAACUCCAGACCCACCAACAAGGUCAUCAAGUCAGCCUCUGCAACAGCCUUGUCUGUCAUCAUACCAUCAGUUGAGCAGCAUGGAGGUUUCUCUCCUUUGGCCAGCCCCAUGUCUCCCCAUUCUUUCUCAUCCAACCCCUCAUCCCGUGAUUCUUCACCCAGCAGAGAUUUCUUCCCAGCAGUUAGUGUACUGCACUCCCCCAUCACCAUCCAUCGCUCUGGAAAGAAAUACGGUUUCACCCUCAGGGCUAUCAGGGUCUACAUAGGAGAAAGUGACAUCUACAGCGUGCAUCAUAUUGUUUGGCAUGUUGAGGAUGGUGGUCCUGCCCAGGAAGCUGGCCUCUCAGCUGGUGACCUCAUCACCCAUGUCAAUGGGGAACCUGUUCAUGGUCUGGUUCACACUGAAGUGGUUGAGCUUAUUCUCAAGAGUGGCAACAAGGUGACAGUGACAACAACACCUUUUGAGAACACCUCCAUUAAAGUGGGACCUGCCAGAAAGGCCAGUUACAAGUGCAAGAUGGCCAGACGAAACAGGAGGACCAUGGGCAAAGACAGUCAGGACAGUAAAAAACGUAGCUCCUUGUUUCGAAAGAUCACGAAACAGUCCAACCUCCUGCACACCAGCCGCAGCCUGUCUUCUCUGAAUCGCUCUCUGUCCUCCAGUGAGAGUCUUCCUGGCUCCCCAACACACAGUCUGUCUGUGAAGUCUCCAACCCAAGGCUACCGAUCCACAACUGAGACCUCUUACCUAGGUGCCUCACAGAACAGCUCUUCUGCCUCUAGCACUCCAAACUCCCCUGCUCCCUCACAGCACAUGAGGCCCAGCUCCCUGCACGGCCUUUCACCUAAACUCCACCGCCAGUAUCGCUCCGCCCGUUGUAAAUCAGCUGGUAACAUCCCGUUAUCUCCACUGGCCCAUACACCAUCUCCAACCCAAUCUUCUCCACCAUCUUUGCCUGGCCACACUGUAGGGAGUUCCAACACUACUCAGUCUUUCUCUGCUAAGCUCCAUUCAUCGCCCCCUGUUGUCCGUCCCAGACCCAAAAGUGCUGAACCACCUCGAUCACCUCUUCUCAAACGAGUGCAAUCAGCAGAAAAGCUGGGCUCACCUCUGACCCAGCCCAGUUCUACAGGAGGUCUGGGGGGUCCUCUGAGGAAACACAGCCUGGAGGUGCAGCACUCUGAAUACCGGAAGGAUGCCUUCCUCUGUGAACUUGGACUCCAGAGCCUGUUAGAAACAGAUGGGGAAAAUAUGCCUCCUAAUCCGCCACCUCUUCCCUUGUGUUCCACUGCACCAGAAACUGGUGUGCUGAAGCCUGUAAGGAGACUAGGAAGGCAAGAGUCACCACUUAGCAGGGAAACACUGCUGGCCGGGAGGGAGAAGGAAAAAAGAAGGGACGAAGAGAAAGGGAGACACUCUGACACUGGAGCUGGUCUGUUUGUCACAACGUCUCCUAAGUCGGCCCUAACAAGAGGACCUCAUACCAACGACCCACACUUGGACUCACAAUGCUGCAGACAGGAUGCCACACAUACUAAAGUUGCACCUCCUAGCACCAUAAGAGAAACAGCAGCAGAUGGCUGUAAUCAAAAAUCUUCUGAGAAAAUCCAUCAGUCUCAGACAGACUUAUCUCAAAAACAGUCAGACUUAAACAGAGGCAAAAGUGUAAUGCCUGACAGUAAAAGUGUACAGGGGCUGCAGACGGGAGCUGACACUGCAUCAAAGCUGGAAGGAAACCAUAAAAAUAUUCAGAGUAGACCCAGAUUACCUGGGGCUGCCUUCACUGAGGGCUCUGCUCCCGAUCUGGAAAAGUCCAUCAACUCUAACAUUACUGCGACUGCUCUUCCUAUGAACAAAAUAUUAAAACCAAUAGCUGUAGUGGAAAACCAAAAGAAACCUAAGAGCAGUGACUCAAGGACUCCUGACCUUAUUUCCAAGAGCCCCAAGCUACCUGCCUGGACCCUGCCUCCUGUUGUUCCCUCACAUGGGCAGCCACUCUCACUGGGCAAGGUAAGGCAGGGUCUUGGUGCAGUCAACUGCUACAGGGGAACGCUCGAUUGGGAGGACAAAUGUCGGCUAGAGGCGGUGGAGGAGCAUUCGCCUUCACCUUCUCCCUCUCCUACAGCCGUGACUCCUUCCCUAUGUGGGCCGUCCCUCUGUAAAUCCAGACCCGCUUCCCCCGGGGACAAGAUGAGCUUUGUCAGUCAACUGACCACAGUGGCCAAAAAUGUCCUCGGCCCCAUAAAGCUUGUGUCCCAGGAGGGCCCUAAGAGCAAGGACCAGUAUACUAAAGCCGUGGAGGAGAAACAAGGAGGUGCGACAGUAAAGUCUGACACGCCUACUUUUACAGGAAGUGCAGUGGUCACCAAAAGUCCUGCUGGUUCACCACUAGAGAAGGCAGGAACAGGCAGCAGCCCAAAAAAUGCUUGAAACCUUGGCCUCACGCCACAUGCCGCCAGAACAAGUCAAGUACCUAAAGAUAUUUUACAUUCCAUUUAAAGUAUGUAUGUAUGUCGUUUUUAACAAUGUACUGGCAAAAAAAUAACUGUUAAGGUGCAUUUGUUGACUUUCUGAUUCAGUAAGAAGUUCCUAAUGUGGAACACUUUACCAAUGCGUGUGUCUGAUCACAUCAUUUGGUAUGAACUAUAUGGGUUUAAAAGGUACAAGAGGUCAAAAGUGCUUUACUGUUUAAAACAUGCUGAAUACUGUGAAUACCAAAUUGCUAAAUCCUUGUACAUUUUUUUUAUCAGCCAGUUCCUCAAAUGCCUACCUAACAAGUCAAUAUGACAGGGUAAGAACCACAUACGUACGUACAAAUGUUCUUUUGUCAACCAACACAAAUUAUUCUCUAAUUUAGUGUGGCGACAGUACAUCAUGUAGGCAACUAGAAGAGACAGCUGUGUUCAAGAAGAACCGUCAGUAGCUCUGUCUGUCUGUCUGUCUUUCUCUCUCUCUCUUUCUCUCUCCCUCCCUCUCUCUCUCUCUCUCUGAAGUGUGUGUGUGUGUGUGUUUCCCUGACAGAGCCUAGGCUUAGUGUUAUCUGUCCUGCACAGCAGGGCUACCACAGCACUUUUCCUCCAUCUGCUACUAAAUACCCUUCCACAUAACCAACAAACACAUCCACAGGCAAGCUAAUACACACACACACACACUCUGCCAAGAAAGGCAGCGGGGAGCAAUUUAAGAAGACAUACAUGUACGCGCACACACGCGCGUCUUUCCUAAAGAUGAUUACAUACUCCAUGGUUUGUUGACUCAGCGAGGGUGCUGAAGAGUUGUAACACUUAAACAGGUUACACUGGCAAAGUCAAGAGUGAUUUACAUAUGGUUCUGGAAUGCAUUAGUAAAUAUUGUAAACAUAUACAGUAUAAGCAUUUGUUGUUUUAAAGCACAUCAAGAAUGUAGGGCAACCCUGGAUGUAGCAUACUGGUCAUGUUAUUUUAAGGCAAGCUUUUGGAUACAGGCAUGGAAUAUGACACUGAAUCUGGAAUUAUACACCCAAGAAUCUUUACAUUAUGUGUAGUACCUUACAACACAUCAUACCGUGUUUUAUACUACUACAUGUUAAGGAGUGAAGUUGGAAUAAUGUAUUAACAUAUGUUUUGCUCUAGAACUUACAAGUAGUGGAAAAUAACUUUCAGCAGUAACUUAAAAUGUAAUUGUUUCUAGUGCACAUCAACAUAAAACAAAUAAUUAUUUCUAUUGUUCAUAUUACUUUCCAUGGUUAUCUCACUGUUUUUUUACAAAUUUCAACAGCUUAGGGGUCAUUUUCAGUUGAUGCCAUGUUGAACUGCUAGUUGG